AUGAUCCCACCCCUUUGACCGGACAUAGCAUGCUCCAUCUCUGAGCACGCAGGCAAGUAUCCUCGCUGUGACCCACCAGAGCGCUACAACUGGUCGAUCCAUCGCACAAUUUCAGCAUGUUCCAAUCAAGCACUUCAAUUCCCCACACCGUGGGGCCACCACGACUCAAGCUUGUUGGCCGUUCGGUAUCGGACUUCUCACCCGUGUGCGAAAGCGACGAAUGGAAAGAGUCAGCGGCCAGUGCACAGCGCGCGCACGUCGGCGGCAUCAAGGUCGUCAGUGGCGGUAAGCUCGUCACUGGUGGGUUUGCUCCCUUUUCUCCAUUCUUGCCACUGCCACCACCACCUACCAUGGACGAAGUCACCCGGCACUUCUCUCGCACCCAGAAUACUGCCACUAGAUGUAGCUCACGGUCAUCAUAUGCACGAGAGUUGGACAGUACUCCAAGGGGCAAGACCUGUGUCGACGGUGGGUUGAGCAGCGGAAACACGGUCCAGCGGCCUCACACACCAGAGGACUACCGUAGCGAUCAGAAGGAGGACUUGGAACGACCAAGCAGCCCUUCUAAGCAUCAAAGAAUGAUUGCCGAACAGCAUGAGAAGCCUAACUCUGCCGCCAUGUCACCAGCGUCGUCCGGUUCAUCGUCCAACACCGUCACGCUGCCCGCAUGCGAGGAUGUCAAUACAUUGGCCGCUGCGUCUAGCUCAAGCGUCCACACAAGAUACCCCCGCGGAUCCGAUAUGGCAACGCGCACGCAGCCGCGGUCCGCUUGCAUGCUCAGAAGCUUCUCUGUUCCUGUUGCGACGCAAGCUGAGUUCGAUCACCAGAGUCGGCUCAUGUCCUGGGGCUCUACCGCACUUUACGAUCACAACUCCUCCUUUUGGGCUGCGGGCUGGCCCUCAUCGGCGUCACCCUUUGGUGGACUUGCGCCAGCCAUUGAUGCCAAUAACGGACGUGUCAUGGCCCGAAGAGCGUCACAGAUCAGCCCAGAUGACCUUGCAUCCGUGCCAUCCGCGGUACAUGUAAUCUCAUCAUCUGGGAAGAGGCCACAGCUGCAUGAGCCUGUGUUCAUCACCAAUACGUCGCCACAACAGAAUGCACCUCUUGCUUCCCCAAGACAAGUGCUUGCUUCUAUCACGAAUUCGCCAAGGACCAACGAGGCAAGCGCCCGCGGCAACCUCAACGACGAGCCCUUUUACGUCAGCGACAGCACGAUCCAGGACAGCCCUAGUGCCUUAGCACUCAGCGUCGCAGCCGUCUGCAAGCUCAAUGAUGAGUCGGCUGACGGCGAAAAAGAUCUCGAAGCCAGCGGGAACAUUAAUCACCAGGGCUUUUACUCUUUGCUAAUGCCGGGACUUUCGCCUGACGGUAAUAGCGACCACAGCGGAAGGGGCAGUCACAGUAGCUACACUUCGGAUGACACUGAGGACGCAGGCGCACGUACACCGCGCGUGUCGCCCACGGUUCACUCUAAAACUGCUUCCUAUUUCGGAAGCUCUCAGUCAUCCACCACGCACGAUCAGCUCCCCCCAAUGCAGACCGACGCGUUUGUCAGCGAUAAGCACGACUCGGACCCUGGCCAGGGAUCCCUGAAUUGGGCCACAUUCAUCCACCCGGACCACAUGCUAUGACACGAUUCUUUCUUCAAUCACUCAUCUACCCAUUACCCAACAUCCAGUCAGCAUUCAAUCUUGUUUCACUUAUCGCGUAUUCCGCUCAGAUAUCCGGCAAGUUGCGAAGGCUACCCCAUCUCAUUACCAUGGCGCCGCUGCAUUGGAGAACUAGAAUGCGCAUACCUGUUUCACGUCGCUUUUCAAGCGUUUACCGGCUCAUUUGUACUAAUAGGUAACUCUCUUCACUUUGUCGCGACGGCUCACCAAAUGCCUAUGUAUUGUGCACACUCUUCAAGAAUCUGACCAAUAAAUUUUCA